AUGUUGGAUGCAGAAGAGUUGAUUGAAUCCAUCAUUAGAGCAUUCAUGUUCCUGGCAGGGAUCCUGGGAAACAAUUUAUUGGCUAUACGUUCUCUACCCAGGCAGAAAUCUGGGAUCCGCACAAAUGAAGUCCUCUUCAUCAACCUGGCUGUCUCCAACCUCAUCACUAACUGCCUGGUGGACCUGCCUGACACCAUGGCAGAUUUUGCUGGACAAUGGUUCCUAGGGGAAACCUUCUGUGGCUUUUUUCGAAGUUUUGCUGAUCUGUCUGAAACCAGCAGCAUCUACACAACGUUCUUCAUCAGUGCUUUCUGGCACCAGAAGCUGGUCGGCUCCCUGAAACACGGAGGUGCACCAGUACGACUGGACAGCUUGUGCCUGGUGGCCUGUCUGCUGGCUGGGAGCUGGACUGUGGCUGUGGUCUUCAGCAUACCACACUUUUUCUUUGUCAAAGUGGAGGGGGGAAAUGAAAGCCACGAAGACUGCCUAGAUGUCUUCCCUAAUGCAAUCACCAGGCAAACCUAUGAGAUCUUUUACCUCACCCUGGCUAAUGCACUCCCUCUUGCUGGGAUUGUAUUUGCCAGUAUCCAAAUUGUCAUUACUCUGCUUAAAAACCAGAGGCGCAUAAGAGGUCAUAACUCUGACACCACCAAGGAAAUGGUAAAAGAUGAAAACAAGGGUCUGACAGGUUCCAGCUCUCCCCUCAACACAAACACAGACAGCAAAGUUGAAGCUCCGGCAAAUCUUUCAAGGCCCAGUCAGAUGCCAGCUAAGCCCAGUCCGAGCUCAGGCACUCAGGUUAGGGCAGCUAAGAGUGUGGUGGCCGUAGCCAGCGUGUUCCUGGUCUGUUGGCUGACUCAUCUCUUUCUGCGCAUCACCAACAGCAUCCACACCUCAUCAAUAGUGGUGGAGGUGGCCAGCUAUGUUGCAGCGUCCUACACCUGCAUCAUCCCCUACAUAUUCCUGCAUGGAGUGAAAAAGCUUUCUUUCUCAUGCAAAAGAUAG